ACCAGACCGGGGGUUGGCAAUUACCUGGUAUAGCUUAGCAGGAUUCUUAUGUAUAAUUUACUUACUGUUUAAGGGCAAAGGGUGAUGUGGGGCUAGGGGUGGAGGGCCUUUUUGGGGAUGUUUGGGACUUUCAGGAUAUUUUCCAAGGUUGGAUCAUCUUGGUGACGUUGCAGAAAGACUGGUGUGACGUGAGUUCCCGACAGCGUGUGAAAGCAGCAGUGCGUGUUUGGGACGGACAGGAAGUGUUUCAGGAUACUAUGCGACGGAAGCAGCCCGACUUUGCCUGCGUGUUUAGAGGACUACUUGCUUACACGGGGAGAUCAGGACGUGAGGUCGUGAGUGCAGCGCAGUCAAACAUGUAACGGUUUGUACGGGGCGAUCAGCUAUUGUUAAGUUUCAGUGGCUAACGUUACUUAUCGGAACUUAAAAAAGAUUAUAUAUUUGUUGUGUGACAUUUGUUUUUACAGUUUCGCUUGACACGCUGCUUCUUCUGCGAGCUUUAACAUGGGACUCCUAACCAGUGUCCUUGACAGGAUUUUCUUGGCCUAUUUCAUUCUACAUAUUCCCACAACAGUAAUUGUGGAUAGCCAGAGUGUGGUGCCAGCUCAAUAUUUCCCAUCCUGGGCUAAGGAGCUACUUCAAUGGCACAUUAAGACCAACGGAGACCAUCUGGUUUCAUCAAACCCAUUGUGGUUUGUUUCUCUGGUGGCCUGCGAGAUUCUGCUGCAGCUACCGUUUUUCUUUGUCGCGUCGUACGCUUUCCUCAAGCGCCGUAACUGGAUCCGGAUUCCAUGCAUCGUGUACGGCAGCCACGUGGCGACCACCAUGGUUCCCAUUCUGUCCGAAUUCCUUUUCAGCCCAGAAGCGGGACCCAAGAGACUGACGCUGGUCUCGAUUUACUUGCCGUACUUGGUCGUACCGGUGCUGCUUGUCGUACGCAUGGCGGUUGUGGAGCGGCCGUUCGGCUCAACAGCUGCCGGCAAGCGGUCUAAAAAAAAUAAGGCGCAAUGAGAAUUUAACCUCUCCUCUUGUUAACCGUGUGUCUCCGAAAAGUCUGUUUGACUUCAGUUGUUGAUUUGUUUUUUGUGUUUAUGGCCCGGGCCUCUUGUGCACGUCGAUGGGAGGUAGACUUGUUGACGCUUUUAGUGCCGUACAGUGCUGUACGGUUUGAGUUGAGCAUACAGAUUUGACCGUAUCGAAAGCCAGGGCCUUCCUCCAGGGCCGUUCACUUGUACAACGGUCUGGAAGUGCCGUACAUUCGCUAUAUUUCAUUUUCUGUGUGGCUUUUAGGAGCAUAGGCUUAGGUGCAUAGGAGGGUUAUUGUUAGGCCAACUGCUGUUUGUACAGCACCACCAGAAACACAUCACCAUCAUCAUCAUCAUCAUCAUCAUCAUCACAAUAAUAGUAAUCUGUAACCUAGGGACAUACUU